UACGCACCUGACAAAGUAAAAGUGAUUAUUCUCUUCUAUUUAAACAUAGCAAAACUGGCUAUCUUACCCUCCCCUCCCUCCCUAUCCGAACCAGUAGUUUUAUACGAUCGUGCUAUACAGAUUUCUCACACUCCACGAUAGAAUUAUGACAGGAUGUUUCAAUUAAGUUGUCAUCUCUCAGCAAUCCUGUUCUACUUGUUUUCCCAGGUGCGGAAUUCCCUUAAUAUUUUAAGACUCUUAUUUCCAAUUCUUCCUAGUUCUUGAUCUCAACAAAUUUUAUGAAUAGCUCUAACGUCACCUCUUAUUGACUGAUGACUAAACAUUUCAUUGCUAUCGAAACGCGCCAAUUAUAAAUUGUGCGAGCAAUCAUUUUAUUCCCUCCUGGGAAAAACGUUCUUUCCUACUGACUAUGAGGCAGAUAUAAAGAAGUGAUCGCAAUAGAUCGGUGUUUCAAGACAAACACAUCGGUGUUUCUGCUGGUUGCAAGGCGACGUUGCGCUUUUCAGAUCUUCGGUGUAGGUUGAUACGGAAACUUGAAAUCUUUUGCAUAAAUCCGUCAAGUGGCUUUUCCCUUUAAGGUCGGCGGUGGACUUGUCAAGCAAUGACGGUCUUUCGCAAGUGUACGGCAGCUGCUCUUCUGGUCUUUGCCAUUUUAUCAACUUAUUCAUCAGCAACAUCAAAUAUCUCUGAUCUUAAAGGUAUUAUUCGUUUAGCUAGUAGUCAUCGUACCCAAGGACGUUUAGAGCUUCUAGUAAACGGGACCUGGGGCACAGUCAGCGGCAAUGUAUCAUGGGGCAUCAAGGAAGCACGUGUUGCAUGCCGGAUGCUAGAUUUGCCCAAUGCUACACAAGCUGUAAGAGGGGGAUUAUUCGGACCAGGCGAAGGUCCUGUGUUGUUUAGUGAAUUCCAGUGUACCGGGACCGAGCAAUCUUUGUUAGACUGCCCUCGAGAAGAUUCGAUUGGUUGUGCCCAUGCGCAAGAUGCUGGUGUCGUUUGCGGGGAUCCUAAAGAUGACGUUUUUCUGGUCGGGGGCCUCACGCCUAACCAGGGUAAUGUCAUUGUUCUAUUAAAUGGAACGUUCGGUGCUAUCCAUGGCGUCGGAUGGGACAGAGAAGAUGCUGACGUCGUUUGUAGGAUGAAGGGUCUCCCACGUGCUAGCAAUAUCGUAAAAGAGGCGUUCUUUGGUGUGCAAUAUGGCAUGCGCACACUACUGAACGAUGUUCAGUGUUUGGGGAAUGAAAGUUCCUUAUUCGACUGCCCGAUGAAGACAGAGGUCAUUGAACACGGGCUUCCGGCGGGAGUGGUUUGCGGAAAUCUGGAGGUGAAGCUCCAACUAGUCGGUGGUCGUACCCCUAGUGAGGGUGUGGUUGAAGUGGCUUUUGGACACACCCACGGAUCUUACAACAAGACCUGGACCAGCCUCGCCAUCACCAGCAGCUGGUCAAUUAACAGCGCCCGGGUUGUCUGCCGAAUGCUUGGAUUCGCUGAUGCAUCUUUUGCUGUUGAUGGAAGGAUGUUUAACGACACCAGUGAAGGAUAUAAUGCGAUGAUAACAGACGUCGAUUGCACUGGAACAGAGACAGCAAUUGGCGAAUGUACAUAUCGGCUGGGCUUUCAAGCACUUAGCCGGAAGGUUGGCGUGAUAUGCGGUCAACGGAAUAAUACAGUUCCAGUCCGUCUCAUCAACGGCACAUUACCUAGCUCUGGUCUCGUUCAGCUCAAGGUGUCUGGCACAUGGGGUCCUGUUUGCGAUAUUACCUGGAAUGUAAAACAUGCGCGUGUUGUGUGCCGAUUACUUGGAUAUCCGGACGCUUUUUCGGCCACUGUAGGGUCCGUUUUCGGACAAAGUUCUGGUAUUGCAGUACUUGGGAUUGUGAGGUGUCGCGGGGAUGAGAGAUCCCUUUUCGACUGUGAUGGGUAUGGCUUCACACCUUGUGACGGACGUGCCAAUGCUGGAGUGUUUUGUGAAGAACCGGCAGUUCAUCUUCGCCUAGUUGGCCGAGGCUCAACGGCGAACCAAGGACGACUAGAACUUUCCAUUGCUGGAAUAAAUGGCACCGUUUGCAAUUUAGGCUGGGAUAGCCUGGAUGCUAGUGUUGUAUGUAGGAUGCUGGGAAGAGGCAGCACAGGGUACCCGGUCAAAAAUACUGCAUUUGGGCCCGGAGAUGGCGCGAUUCUGCUGAGAAAUGUGCGAUGUGAAGGAAAUGAGGUGAACUUGUUGUCAUGCCUACAUGACGUCAUGGGGCGAGAUACAGACUGCAAUCACGAUACUGAUGUUGGUGUUGUAUGUGGAGAUACCGCUGUGCGGCUUCUAAAUGGGUCAUCAUGGAAUAACGGACGGGUGCAAGUGCAAAUAGAUGGGAUCUGGGGCGCUGCAAUAGGUCCAAACUCUGCCUUAGCAAGCUUGACAGUGUGCCGCUGGCUUGGUGUACCAGGAUUUUCUAAUCCCGUUUUCGAUCACGUGUAUGGAGAAGAUCCACGAACAGUGGGGCUUCUGGGAAACGUGUCAUGUGACAACACUCAAUUUCCCCCGACUUUGUUGGAUUGUAGUUUUGAAUAUAAACCGCAAAAUCGAGAACAAGCUGAUAUGUGUGUGGCUUGCGGACCUCCUACAGCAAAUGUGACAAUCCUCGAAUUGUCUGCGUCGUCGCCAUUGAGUGCGGCUUCUAUUGGGGUUCUGUUUGAUAACAGCGAAAACACAUGCUUCAUUUUAGAAAGGCAAACAGACCCUUCAAUUAACGUUCGCCUAGGGCGAGAGGUUUACAUCCAUAGUGUUUCGGUAACCUUUCCUUCUAAGAGUGACAUAACGCCUGUGUUGCGUGUGCGCGCGCAUCCAUCGCACGGGGAAGACGCGCCCAGUGUAUGCUACAGUGGUGUCAGUAGAUUCUUUGUUACUGGUGGAAUGCUGUAUGUUUGUGAUCCGCCUGUCUUUGGCCGGAAUGUCUCGAUUGAGAUGUCUGGACAUAACAAGGUUUUGUCUCUGUGUAGCCUGAACGUCUUUACGUUUGAUAAAAUCCGCGAAUCACUAGGUGUCCUUCAGGAGCGAUGGCCAAAGCAGUUGAUUGACAGAUCUGAAGGCCAGUUAUUAAAGUACAACACUUUCCUGAUCAGGAAUCGGCCUGUGUCUGUGUUCAUCACAAAUGGAUUUCCUGCACUCGCUCGUGAUUACGAUCUUGUGCCAAUACGUGCGACAGCAUACUUUCAGAUUUCUGGCAUGGAGGCUGGCCGUUAUCAUUUCCUGGUGAGUUGUGAUGACGAGUGUGAAAUGUGGCUUAGUGAGGUAUCGGAAGAGGAGUUCCAUUCUGAUGUCACUUACGUGGAUUACAUCAUCAAGGCUCAGCGCAGGUCUCCAUUCAAUGUGUUCAACAAGUAUCCAGAACAGACAUCUAAAGCACAGUAUCUUAGUCCUUGUCGGCUGUACUAUCUGGAGGCAUACCUUCUGCGAAGCCAGGAAUCACACAUGUCAAUCAGAAUUGCUCCAGAGUUUAGCGUGAGCGACCUGAGAGAGAUACCGGCUCAACGCUUGUUUUGGACUGCUCCAGGGAAACGGGAGUUGCUCUUUCAGCUUAAGAAUGUCACAGCUGGAGAAAUUCAAGCUGAACUAGGAUCCCCUAUUGAACUGUCAGCUUCGUAUAGGUUUUGUUGUAAAGGCCUUUUCUGCCCGGAGUACGGCAUCCAUCUGUCGCUAACAGUGGGUCGUGAUUAUGGUGGCUCGUACUACCAGCAAGUCGUAGUGAACGAGAACUUGACCAUCUCGUGUGAAACACGAGCGCUCCAUGUCACGCUACCAGCUGUCUUCCUGCCAAGGGACUAUGCCAUUAGGAUUGUGUACAGCUUUCCCGCGGAGCUAAAAAGAUCUCAUCAACGUCAUUUAGGGAAUUUGAGAAUAUUGGAACGAACUCUAACAGAGUGUAACUUUAGCAAUGGUUUAUGCGAGGGUUGGUUCAUAAAUGACAACCCAAGUUUUUGGGCACUAAACUCCACUGAAAAAGCUCUAUAUAUGGAACGUGCAGGGACCGCAACAUUGGGCUCUGGGACCAUUCCUUGGAUGCCAUCAGACCAGGAUGUGCAGAUAUGCCUAAACUUCGACUACAAACUCGCCAGCGAUGAUCAUUCGAGUAUUGAGGUGCUGUUAGUGAGAUCUAGUAACGAAAGGGUGUUGUGGUCACUGCAUGGUUUUCAUGGAAACAUGUGGAAACGCGGAAACGUUUCAUGGCUGCAACAGAGAAACUCGCAGGUUGUGUUUUCUGGGAAAGCUGCAAGUAAUGCCUCAGCGACCGGUAUUGCAAUACGUGAUAUCCAGAUCACUACUGAGGAUUGCCUCUGUACCCCGGUAAUAGCAGAGCCAGGCUACAAAUGUUUAGACCAUCUCUUCACGUGCAAUAACGGAGAGUGCGUUACAAAGACGUCACGGUGUAAUGGUAUGCGUGACUCGUGUGUGGAUGGAUCAGACGAGAGCGGUUGCACAUGUGGUCUGCAUGAGUUCCAGUGCAGCUCCGGAGAAUGCAUAGAGGUUGCAACAUUCUGUGACGGGAAGAAAGAUUGUGGCGAUAGAUUUGACGAAACACAUUGUGGUUCUCCAUGUCCGGAGGUCUCGUGCCCAGAUGGAACUUGUAUGACGUGGUCAGAGGCAUGCUCCAAUUCUGGGCGUGUUGCUUUCGACGACGACGACAACAACAAUGGUGAUGUUAAACGAAGCUGCCCCGUGUCAAGUGUUGUUUGCGAGACACAGGGUCGGGACUCCGCGGAAUCUCAGUCUUGCAACACCGCCAGAAUACGUCACUGUGGGUUCGAAGAUGCCCUUUGUGGGUUAAACAACCAGGGAUGGACUCGAAAAGUCGCAAAGUUUUCUGCUUUGCAUAAAAUAGUCCCAGAGGACCACACUUUACUAACCCCUGAAGGAUCAUAUUUAUUUUUGUGGUCAACGGACGGGCGAACCACGGGAAACCUAACGACUCGCUGGAGCUCUCGGUCCCAGUCCCUCUGUCUGCAGUUCUGGUAUAAGCUGCGCGGGGACUCGUCUAUCGCCGUCUACAAAGCUACAAACAACACCAAGAGCCUCGUUGCUGUGUGGUCCGAGGAGGCCUGGGGCUCUUGGAGAUUUGCGCAGACGUCGCUUAAUGAUGAUUUGUAUAUGUUCCAGGCGGUCAUCGACGGAAGUGCGCUUGGCGACGAGUCAGUAAUCGCUCUAGAUGACCUUAACAUUGCACAUGGCAACUGCUCUACAAUUAUCAAGCAACGAUAUCCCGGAUGUUCUUUUAGUGACGACACUUGUGAGUGGAAAAUGGGCCAAAACUGGAAGAUCUACAAAGAUUGGAAGAAACCACAAGACCGUAAUUCGUCCUACCUGUACUACGACGGCGCCAGCGAAAACGAAUCCAACAUAACCAGUCCGCAGUUCAAUCCAUUGGUCGAUGGGUGGCGGUGCUUUGGAGUGUGGUUCUGGAGCGAUCAGAAGUACUACAAGCGCUUGAUUACCGUUCGACUGGUUUAUAGUGACUCUGUGAUUGCAUCUUUGUGGAGCUAUCGCUCUGUGGUUAAUAACGGUGUAUACGUGCAGUUGCCGAUCCCGCACAUUGACACUCUCGUUAAGAUUUCCAUAGUUGUACAGAAAAGUCAGGUUGGUCCAAAGAUUGCCUUCAAGAAUGCAACAUUUACUAAGGAGGCGUGCAAACCCAUCACACCUAUCGCCGAGUGCUACGACUAUGCGCUUCUAGACUCCGUUGAGCGGCGAGUCAACAAUACAAACGGUACCAACUGUGACGAUGACUUGAACGGCCACACCACGUGGUACCGGAUCACAGGGGAUGCCGGGAAUCAAAUGCCAACCGACUGUGUACCCAGAGGCCAUUGUGGCUCAGCAGGCACAAUCCAUCUUGACGGAGAGCAUCCUCGUGGUCUCUACGAGUUGUCGAAAUUGGACUACUGCUUGUCCACCAAUUCAUGCUGUAGUGCCAGGGAAAAUGUUAUGGUCCGGAACUGUGGCUCCUAUUUCGUCUACAAGGGCAUCGUCAUCGCAAAGAACGACUGCCCAGCUCAAGUGUGCACUGUUUUUAAGGAAAUUACCCCUGUCCAAGACAGGUCCAGUGAAUGGGAAUCUUGGAUGAGGGUGAACGAUAGCACAUUGUGGAGAACAAGGAGCGAGAACGAUCUUACAGAUUCCAGCAAUCAAGAUCUUGAGAAUUGGACAGCCUCAAACUCUUCGCAAGUAGAGCUCCUUCCGGGUAGCAGUAUUUACGUAUCUUUUAAAUGCUAUCGAGCUGAAGUUGAAGAGAUGACAUUAUGUCUUUGGGUGAAGAUUUCUAACGUGACGCUCGAUGUGGAAUCCUAUUCGCCAGUCAGUCACUUGGGCAACUAUGGCCUUCGGAUCAUAGAGAACAGUUUAACUGUGCUCAUAGCAAACGUUAGCAGGUCGGUCAAUGUUUCUCUGACUGGGGACACAUGGUAUCACGUGUGUUUCACGUGGAAGUCCUCCUGGGGCUUAUGGCACUUGUUUCUUGACGGACAAAUCGUUGGUCAUGGCCAGCACCUCGCCGACAUGGUCAAAGUUCAUGAAGGCUAUUCAUCCAUUGAAGGAAGAGGGAGCAUGUCUCUGGUCACAAGAUCCACUAACGGCAUCCUAAUACCGAAGGCUUCUGUGAAACUGACCGGGUUCAACAUAUGGCCAGUGGCUCUAUCUGGGGAUUUGAUCGGCGCCAUGUCGUACGCUUGCUUGGAUGAGCAUGGAACGUUUGUCUCUUGGUCAUCGCUUUACGAGCAGCUUCAAUCAAAGGAGGAAGUCAAAACCGAACCAGUAACCUGUCUACAACAUGCAGGUCCCUCCUUGUCGUUAAUCAGCAAGAUAAACACCAAUGUUUCGGAUUCUUUCGAGAGCCUGUGGUUCAAUCGAACCCAAGGCACGAACGCUCAAUGCUUGGCCUUCAAGUACAGGAUCGUGUCAAAUGAAAGAAGCAGCCUGAUUCUGUACCAGACGAUAGAUUACCCUGGCAUACCUGAACGCCCCGUCUGGAUAGACUACGGGAAUAACGACAAAGUUUGGAGAACUGGGAAAGUUUGGAUACCGACUUCAUCUGCGUACAAGAUACGCGUUCAAGGCAAUCUCUUCGAUGACGGAUUUGUGUCCAUUUCUGGGAUGUAUUACAGCUCUGAUUACUGCGACUUAACACCAUCAACAGCCAUGAAAGCCUGCAGAAUUAUAAUGACUACACCUAGCGGAGAGAUAUUCUCGCCAAAUUACCCCGGAUAUUACCCAGGAUUCAUGUCGUGCACAUGGCGAAUCAGUGUACCUGUUGGUAACGUGAUCAGACUCACUUUUAUCAUGUUUGACCUUGAGGAUGACCCCUUGUGCGCCCGCGAUUUCUUAGAGCUCAUGGACGGCGGCCAAGAUUCGCGCAUGAGCAUUGGGCGGUUCUGCGGGAACCGUUAUCCGCUGUCCAUAAUGACUGCUACCUCCAGGCUCAAGAUUGUGUUUACAUCUACCGCAUUCUCAGGCCGCCAAGGAUUCAGGCUACGCUAUGAUGCGGUUGUAGAUCACAAGCUGCACUGCAUUGCAGACUGCCCACCAGAGAUCACGUGUUAUAGAUCUACUAGCGGAGUCGUUGUCUACGGAACCACUUUGUUCGCGAUCCCUAAGAGAUUACCUGAGAGCACCGCGGUCGUCUUGUUUGCCAAAAACGACAUUAAUGACCUAAAGGCGACGGACUUUAGUGGCCUUCGAGAGAUCAAAUACCUUGAUUUGAGCUGGAAUAAGAUACUUCGAGUCGACAAGAACGCUUUCAAAUUGGCUUCAAAUCUUCGUGUAUUAAAACUGAACCACAAUCCCAUCAAGUUUAUCGACCCUGAAGUCUUCCAAUUCAUGCCAAACCUACAGAAAUUAGAUCUUGGGGAGAUGGCGCUUUCUGCAGUCCCUAAUGUCUCGUUCUUGAUUAACCUUACAGUCCUGAGCCUUCGGCAGAAUCUCAUCUCGAACCUUCCAGAGAGUGCUCUGCAGACAAAUGUGAACUUGACCUUUCUGUAUUUGCAAGACAAUAGCAUCAAAGAGAUUCCUGAUGGAUUUUUUAAGAGUCUUAAGAAACUACGCGUUCUGUAUUUGAGCGGAAACCAGAUUAAAAGGUUAACCGAGCGGACGUUUAAAGGGCUAGCUUCCCUGGAAAGACUGUAUCUUGAUAACAACCAUCUUGUGGAGUCGGACGUUGAUCAGGACGCAUUUUCAGGUCUUCCAAGGCUGAAGUUUUUGAAACUCGACAGCCUUGUGCUCUGUUGCUAUGCAAUGAAGGAGUCAGAUGACCUCGUAUGCGAGUCUCCAGGGAAUCGCUUCUCGAGCUGCUCCGACCUCCUCAAGUACCCCACCCUCCAGGUAUCCAUUUGGAUCAUUGGCUUUCUGGCUCUCGUAGGGAACUUUUAUGUCUUAUUGUACUGGAAUUUCCUGACCCCAGAAGACCAUCACCAUCGCGCUCACCCUAAAGCACGGGUCCAGUCAUUCCUUUUAACCAAUCUCGCCGUAGCAGAUCUUCUGAUGGGAGUCUACCUUUGGAUUAUCGCUAUCCAAGGGGUUAGAUGGACCGGAGAGUACUUUAGGUAUGACGUGCAAUGGCGUACCGGCAUGCUAUGCCAAGUGGCUGGUGCCAUUUCCACCCUUUCCAGCGAAGUCUCCAUCGUGAUUAUGUUAAUUAUAACUGCAGAUAGACUGAAUUGUAUCGUGUUUGACAUCCGCGCUCGUCCGCUGGGUAUUAAGCCAGCCCGUGUUAUCUGCGCAUUUGUCUGGCUGCUAUUCACAAUUAUGUCAUUUCUACCGAUGGUUUUUACAUCUUAUUUCUACGACAAGUCCGCUGCCCUGCCAUAUUUCGGACGUACAUCUGUCUGUCUGCCACUUGCAUUUUCGUCCGCUCGUCCACACGGCUGGGGCUAUUCUUUCGCGAUAUUUAUCGUGUUCAAUAGCGCUGCGUUCUUGUUCAUCCUGGUUGCGUAUGUGUCGAUCUUCUUGAGGGUGCGCACGUCUUCGCGCGCGGUGCGCUCCACGCUGAAGCGUGACUCAGCUCUGGCAGUUCGCGUGGCGCUGAUCAUCGUUACGGAUUUCUGUUGCUGGAUGCCAAUUAUCGUCAUAAGCAUCAUGGCAUUUCUUAACAAAUUCCAUGACCCGAGCCAAAGUGUGAUGGCGUGGAUAGCAGUAUUCGUUCUUCCCAUUAAUUCAUCUAUCAACCCUCUUCUCUACACUCUCUCCAAUCCACAUGCCAGACAGACUCUCGCAUUCUGGAAGCACUUCAGGAUACGCUUUUGCAAAGUUCGAUGCAGCAGCAGUGCGCCGGCGCCCCCCAACACUCCUGUCACCACCUUGAGCUCGACCCAGGCCCAUACGCCUCAACUCAAAAGAUUCACAUUUUUUAGCGGUGAUGUGAGGAGUCAUGCUACAGAAACCAGGUUGUAGAUAUAUAGGAUGUAGAUACAAUGAAGAGGACGUUUUUAACGCCAUUGAGACCAGGUUGUAGAUAUACCUUACUAUACGGACCCCUUUUCACUAUAUGGACACCAUGUAGUAUUACUCUGGAUAUACUCACAAGAGGACGUUUAUAAACGCCGUUAAAAACCAAGUUGCAAAUAUUACACAGUGCUAUACAGCAGGCGCUAUCCAAAAAAACAAAAAUGCUGAAAAAAAAAAAGACUAAAUGUCAGAACUCUAUAAAUUGUCGUCUGUAAAUUUGUAAAUAUUUGGUUUUAGAUAUGUCCGAUAUAACCGAAAUAAAGACCGAUGUAUAAAUUAA